CUCACUACCUCAGUGUCUGUGCUUCUAAUUCUUUCUUCUUCUCUCGUUCUGUGAUUCUCUGUUUUCUCUUCUUCUUUCUUCGUCUCUGAGAAUGGCUCGCGCGAACACUGUGAUUCUGAUGAUGCUCAUGGCGGCUCUGUGCGUCUUCUCUGCAGUCGCGCAGUCUCCGGCCUCGUCUCCCAAGGCAGCGACGACUCCUUCACCGAAGAAAUCUCCGUCGCGUGCCUCUCCUCCGUCUUCAACCACGACUCCACCGGCUUCUUCUCCAUCUCCGACGAGUGGAAGCUCUCCUCCCUCGCCUACUGCAUCAUCUCCUUCUCCUUCUCCAGCGCCAUCUCCUGCCGCCGAUACUCCUACUUCGAUCUCCAUGCCUCCUUCUGAGGCUCCGGCGCCUACUGAGAACGGCGCUGCUACGAAUCGCUUUGCAGUCGCCGGAUCUGUUGCCUUUGGCAUCGCCGCCGUCGCUCUGGUCAUGUAAAGCGCCGCAUUGUGUAGCUCCGAGACGUUACUCACCACUUUUUGGUUGAUCAGUGUUUAGAUUAUUCAGUUUUCUUCAUUUAAUUUUGCUCGUAGUGUUUUUUUUUUUUUCAUACGUGUUGAUCCGAGCUUUUAUACGGUGUGACUGAUGAUAUUCUGCGCAUCUUAUUUUAUAAAAUAUUUGUUCUAAUUUUGAUCUCCUAA